UCCAGGGACAGUGACUAGGAGCCUGAGGCAAAGGGAAAACUGCUGGGGGCACUUUCAGGAAACGGGAUGUGUAGGAUUUUGAGGCUGAGGGUCCCUGGUGACUUAUUUAAAGAAGCCACCCCAGCUCUUCCUGGGUGCUUCACCCUAACAGGACUGGGUACCCCAGAGGCUGCAAAACCACUCAAAGACCUAAAGAGAUGCCCAUGUAAGAUCUGAUCAGGGCUCCCUUGCUGAGCUCCAAAAAGCAGAGUGGCUGGAGGGGAAGUGCCGAGACAGGUCACAGUAUCCCCAGUGUGCUGGGCCUGGUCCCAGAGCCUCUUCUUGGGGAGCGGACAGUGCCAGCUGCCUUGCAGUUUCCACCCUGGAACGGUGCCCAGGCACACUCAGGGCCCCCGGAUUAGCUCACAUCACUGAGGGACUUGAGCGAGACCCAGGAGCUUCACUUUGCCUGGAGAUCCAGAAAGGAGAGAAGAAGGAUCUCACCUAAUAAAGAUCAACCUCACUCAUGCUGUUUCAUUUCUCCCAUGCCAUUUCCACUGAUGAUUAUCCAGUGCUGAUAAUGCCCUCACACAAGACAGUCCGGUGGGAACUGGGACGAACCGUAAGAUUUGCAAGGUCCUACCUCUAGACUGCCCGUAAGCAAAGCAGAGAACCAGGAAAAGCAGUUUUUCAGGCUGUAACUGGCUCACGAACAGCUGUGUCUAGUCCCCUGAAGAACCACGUUUCUUGGCUCAGGCGCCCCGUGGCCUGGCCCUACAAGAUGCCAAGAGAAGAGGCUCACUUCUUCCAUGGUUCCACCCGGAAAGGGCACAGCCACUCUUAUGUCACGGCUGAAGAGGCUGCAGGGAUUGGCAUCCUGACAGUGAUUCUGGGAAUUCUACUACUUCUCAGCUGCUGGUACUGCAGAAGACGAAGCGGAUACCGAAGCUUGAAGGACAAAAACAUUCAUGCUGGUACUCAAAGUACCCUGACAGGAAGAUGUUCACAUGAGGGGCUUGGUCAACAGGACAGCAAGUUGCCUUUUGAAGAGAACAAGUGUAAACCUGUGAUUCCCAAUGCUCCACCUGCUUAUGAGAAACUGUCCGCAGAACAGUCACCACCACCUUAUUCUCCAUGAGAGCCAGCGAGGCCUUGAGAGGUGCUGAAAUGAUUUCCCUUAUGCUUUUGCUUGAAUUUGAUGUGGGCAUGCAAUGUUCUGCUUCAGAAUGCUGUAGAAACAGUGUACAUUAUCUCUACUAAUAAGCUGAGUGUCAAAUUCUUUGUAAGGCAACUAGCAAUACUGAUUGAGGAAAUGAUGAGAAAUAUUAAAAUGGGAAAAGCUUUGUCAAUAAACAUUGUAAUGGAUGAUACUAUCCGUGUCAGUAA